AUGGCUACAAACAUCACCCGAUCAUGCUUCGUUCGGGCAACUAGGAACACCACCACUCCCUUUCUAUUCCACACUCGCACACUCACUUCCUUUUCGCCUUCUGUCCAAAACACUUCGAACCGUCGGUGCCCACGAUCUUUCUCUACACAACAUGGCUCUGGCGAGGAUGAUGCCUCUGCUGUGACCAAUCCAGCAGAGACAAAGCUUCCGUCUGAAGAGUCAAUUGACUCAGUUUCGACUGAGAAUGUCCCAAAGCCACGCAGGAGCUUUUUACAAAAACGCGCGGCAUCCGUGACCGCUGCCAAGUCUUCGAUCCCAACCCCAGUUGCGACGGCGAAGACUACUAAGAGCGCUGCGCCGAAGAUUACACCACAGGAGAAGUUGAUAUUUGGAGGACUAUUGGAACAAAUUGGAGUCAAGCAUGAUGGAGUCACUGCCGAGAUGGACCCCAAGGCAAAGGCAUUGAGUCCAGAGAAGCAAGCUGAAAUGACUGAACUCAUGGCUGUGUUCAACAACUUGCUUUCGGAUCCUAAGAAGAAAAAAGCUGCCGUCAAAGCUUUGAAAAAGCAAAAAUACGAGAUGCAAUUUGCCGAGAAAAGAGCCGCAGAAAGGGCAAAGGCGAAAGAGGAGGAGGUCCCGGAGGAAAUAGGCCCAAGACGAAUCAGGCUCAGCGAGCUGGGCUACUUCGAGCCCGCCACUGCCACAGCGGAAGAGGUCACGAUCAGCGUUGCCAAGGCCAUUGAGAUGGUUGUUGAACGAGAGUCAGAGCACAUUGAGUUCUCUCUGUUCCAAGCCGUCGAGGACGGCAAGGGAGAUAUGGGCGUGUGGGAAGUAUGCAACGAGCGCGUGUUCUCGAUGCUGCGACACCUGGAUGAGAACACACUGGCAGAAGCCUCAAGAGUUGACCUGGAUGUGGUUGAGACGCCCGAAUCGCCAAGCCCCCAGCUAUCAGGUCCUCUCCGAAUCCCGCAUGUCGUCCCUACGGCCCCUGUCCUGGCUGCUCUUUACCCAAAGACGCUCCUGAUUGCGUUCCGUUUGCUCAACACGCACUUCCCUCGCUCGCCGCUCAUUAGCCAGUUCCACUCCACUAUCAAGGAGCACGGUCGUAUCUCCGCGCUUCUGGGUGCUUCCUCUGGCCUGUACGAUGAAUUGAUCUACUACCAAUGGCGUGUGUGUAAGGAUCUACCUGCAGUGAUUGGAAUUCUGCGUGAGAUGAACCAACUGGGUGUCAACCCUAGUAGCAAAUCCCGCGGCUUGCUUACCGGUCUUGUGAUUCGUCAGCGCCGUGACUUGGAAGCUCACCAGAAGGCUGCAGAUGGACGAGAGUUCUUCUGGGAUUUGCCAUCCAACAGAGACGCAUUAGAUGAGCUCAUUCGCAAGGAUGGGUGGAUGGAUCAGAUAGAGGCAGCCGCGAAAGAAGAAGCGAAACAGCGGGAGUUGCGCCGGAACUUCCAGGGCUAA